AUGUCGCUCCCACGCAAUAUCGGUGCACUGUUGAAGGUUUCCCGUGCGCACAGCGUGCCGUGCGCCCUGUAUCAUCAGAACGUCUUGGAGCACUACGAAAAUCCGCGGAACGUCGGUUCGCUUGAUAAGAAGGACAAGAACGUCGGUACGGGUCUGGUUGGUGCCCCGGCCUGCGGUGAUGUCAUGAAACUGCAGAUUAAGGUGGACGAGAAUGGCAAAAUCAUUGACGCCAAGUUCAAGACGUUCGGAUGCGGUUCGGCCAUCGCUUCGAGCUCUUUGGCCACGGAGUGGGUAAAGGGCAAGACACUGGAUCAGGCGGGCCAGCUGAAAAAUACGGACAUCGCCAAGGAGCUGUCGUUGCCGCCGGUCAAGCUGCACUGCUCGAUGCUGGCAGAAGAUGCAAUAAAGGCAGCGCUUGAGGACUACAACAAGAAACAGAAGAAAGGCGAGUAA